AUGUUGGAAAAGUCUCGAAGAGUGGUAAUUCGUGGCGUUGGAUUGGUAUCAUGCCUUGGUGUGACAGUGUCUGAAAACUGGAUGCAUCUUUUGCGAAAUGAUUGUGGGAUUGGCCUUCUCGAUGGUAACUGUGCUGGUGGGCCUUGUCGCAUCGGUGGGAGAGUGAAUAAUGGAGCAAUGGAAUCGCGAUGGCGUCUACUAGAGGAAGAGCAGGCCUUUCUUCCUGGUGUUGAAAGACAGAUCGAUCGCAGAGCCAUGUCUCGCGCUAGUGUGCUUGGUAUGUUGGCCUCUCAGGAGGCACUCAAGCAAUCUGGAUGGCUGCCUCAGCAUUCCGGUUCGCCUCCCCGAAACUACUCUGUACUCAAUGAUGUUAGCUACCGUGCGGGCACCUACUUUAGCACAGGUCUGGAGGGCGUGGCUGAGAUUUUGAGUAGCCAGGCGCGCGUGGACAGACACGGUUACGCCGGCAUGGGUGCGCAUGUGCUACCGCGCACCUUGGCCAACAUGCCCGUGGCCCACAUCAGUCGUGCCUGGGGCCUGCGUGGUCCCAACAUGGCAUGCAGCACCUCCUGCGCCUCCGGCCUCCACUCCAUUGGAGAGGCAUUCCGAAUGAUACAGCAUGGUGAAGCAGAUAUGGUUUUAGCUGGCGCCGCAGAAGCACCCUUAAAUCCAUGGUCUUUGAUGGCGUUUUCGCGUAUUCGGGCAUUGUCAAUGGAGACACAGGCACAACGUGCAUCUAGACCUUUCGACGCUGCCCGUGACGGUUUCGUCAUGGCAGAGGGUGCUGCAGCCCUCGUACUUGAAUCGUGGCCUUCACCUACUUCUUCAUCCGCCCAGCCACCUAUUGCAGAAGUUCUUGGAUUCGGGCGAUCUGCUGAUGCAUAUUCUUUGGUUUCACCUGAACCAUCUGGUGACGGGGCCUUUAGAAGUAUGAAGGCCGCCUUAGACGAUGCUGGUAUCGACUCCCUUGAUGAGCUGGGUCACAUAAACUGUCACGCGACAUCCACGCCUGUGGGAGACGUCAUCGAGUUAUCGGCAGUAGCCAGGCUAAUAGCGACUUACGGAAAGCGAAGUCACAGUGAACCAAUUCACGUGAACUCAGUGAAGGGCCACCUAGGCCACUGUCUGGGUGCGGCUGGUGCCGUGGAGGCAGCCUACUCGGCUAUGGCUGCGCACCAUGGUGUAUGCGUUGGCAAUCGCAAUCUGGAGCGCCCUAUUUCAUCGGCAGAAGUUGUGGAGAUACUUAAACAUGGUAGUAACGAGAAGACCGCAAGGUCAGUAGCUCAGAGACUUUUCGAAAAUAUCUCUUUUGAUUCAGACCGUGAUUGGGCUGAGCGAACCGAAAAUAACGGACGACGAAGACUAGUUUUGACAAAUUCUUUCGGGUUCGGUGGCACUAACGCGAGUCUCCUUCUCUCUAACUAUGUUAAGUAA